AUGGACCUGCAAACCUCCAUUUUCAUAAUUAGAAACCCGGAAUCUCUAUUUUCAAGCAACAAAAAUAUUAGAAACCCAAAAUUCGCUUUUUUUGGGUUCAACUUACUAUGCAAAAGUUGGCUCCUGAAAGUGCAGUUUACUUCAUUGAAGAUGGGGAGAAGGUUCCUGUUGCUUGAAGCAACAACACGAAUGAAGAAAGAAAAAAAUAUGUUUGUUCUUGAAGAGAAAUGCAGGUGUGAAAUUAGAAGAACUACCUGCUCUACAGUCUUCAGAAGCUUCUGA